UUUCCCCCUUUCGGUUAGUCAGCUAGAGUCGAGCGGCUGCUGAGAGGCCUCGGUUCCUCUCUGCGUGUCUGGUGGUAGGGGAAGGGGGACGGCGCCGUUCCCUGCUCCCCCUGUCCAACCGCCCCCCUGUCUCCGGACAUCAGCCCACUGGGGUUAAUUGGCCACCACCAGGGCACGCUGCGCCUUCCUUCCUUGCACACCUCUGCGUCCAGCCCCGUGUGUCUGAGCCUUUGAAACAAGUUGCUGAUGUCCAGUUACACCAAAAGUGUGCCAGACAAACCCUAUAUGAAAAAGGUACCUAUGGGAUUUGGUUGCUGCAUGAGCCGAAGGUCAUGCGCCUCUGUUGGAAGACUGGGGCUGUGAAAGCCACAUAUAUGGCCCAUAAUAAUAUGAGCAAUAUUGCAGCUAGCCCGAUGUCAAAUGUUGCCUCUUCAAGCAGCGGAAGAGGGACAGGGAAAUCAACAAGCUUUACUCCUGAACUGCAAAGUAUGAUGUUUUCCUUAGGGGAUGUUCGCAGACCCCUUCAUGAAACAGCAGUAUUAGUGGAAGAUAUCAUCCACAGGCAGCUGAUUAAUUUGUUGCAGCAAGCAGCUGAAGUUUCUCAGCUGAGAGGAGCUCGGGUCAUCUCUGCUGAAGAUCUUCUGUUUUUGAUGCGCAAAGAUAAGAAAAAGCUUAGAAGGCUGCUCAAAUAUAUGUUCUUCCGAGACUACAAAUCUAAAAUUGUCAAAGGCAUUGAAGAAGACGAUCUCCUUGAAGACAAAUUCAACAGUAGCAGUGUCAACAAACGUCAGAAGCUGGCUCAAGACUUUCUCAACUCUAUUGAUCAGACUGGGGAGCUCUUGGCUAUGUUUGAAGAUGAUGAGAUUGAUGAUGUUAAACAAGAGCGGAUGGAGAGAGCAGAAAGACAAACACGAAUGAUGGACUCAGCCCAGUACGCAGAAUUUUGUGAAAGUCGUCAGUUAAGCUUUUCCAAGAAAGCUUCCAAGUUUCGUGAUUGGCUGGACUGCAGCAGCAUGGAAAUAAAACCAAAUGCAGUUGCUAUGGAGAUUUUGGCAUAUUUAGCAUAUGAGACUGUGGCACAGUUGGUGGACUUGGCUCUUUUGGUCAAACAGGAUAUGGCUCCCAAAGCAGGUGAUCCAUUCAGUCAUGCAAUAUCUGCUACUUUUAUACAGUAUCCCAGUUCUGCUGAGCCACAUCUCUUAGGCCAGACCACAAAUAUGAAGAGUAAUCUUGACUCCCCCGAAAACACACCACCUCCUACGCCCACUCCGCCAGCAUCAGCAGGACCACAACACCUUGGGAAAACCCUGUCUGGAGCCCUGGGGAAUGGGGGCAUUGGACAAGACUCCACCAAAGUCAAACAAAGAAAAAGAAAAAAGAGCACUGCAGCUUGUGGUAUAGAGGCUCAAAGCGAUGCCAUCCAGCCCUGCCACAUCAGAGAGGCCAUUCGGCGCUACAGCCACAAGAUUGGCCCCCUUUCCCCAUUCACAUAUUUGAUAGAUGUUGGUUUGGACCUGAAGAGGACUUUAAAAGUUUCAUAAUCGUAUGAGUGCCUACCGCAGAAAUGGGAUGACUUUUCUAGCCUGCUAGUAUGGAUGUGGCUGCAGUGACAGGAAAGGCAGUGUUAUAUUAAGGUGAUUUUCUUUUCCCCUCCAUGGAAGAAAAAAAAUACAAGCUCUAAUGUGUCUGUGUACCAGUGAGUGGGCUGGUUUGUUGUGACUAUCUACUGGCUGACUCCGUCUCUUUUUCCAGCCCCCUCAAUCGUUAUUCUUGUUUACUAGUUGGAAUGCUAAGCUAAUUAAUGGCAGGAUGUUUGGGAUAGUGUGUAGGUGGACAAGAAUGCAGAUCACACAAUUUUGAAAUUUGCAAUGGGCUUACUUCUGUCAGCCCCCAUAUCUAAAGUGCAGUGUCAUUUUUUAUUUUUGAAGUCUGUAUGUUUUAAUAGAUGUGUUGUUUUGUAAAGCAGGUUUGAGGCAAAAAGAGGCCAAGGAUGUGGAUGAUGAUUUAUACUUGCCUUGUUUUCUCAAAAGUAAAACUGCAUUGUUUUGCAUGUAAUUCCUCUCAAAUCAAUUUUUUAGACAAUGCUUAAAGAAUAAUACCCUGUCUAGCCAAACAAGGCGUUUUUCAGUGAGGAUGAUGCAUAGGAGGGGAGAUGAGCUAAGUUCAGAUAAGAAGCCUUUACAGAUAGGAAGACUUCAAGUAAAUGACUUCAGGUCUUCUUGUUUCAGUUAAAUAUUAGCAUUUUUAGAGUCUCAAUGAGCAUCUGUACUGAAAUCUCUUUUCUUAUCCUCUUCUCUCCCCUGAAGUCAGUGGGAGUAUUUCUUUUGAUUUUAAUGAUCAUUUGAUCUGUCCUUUUGGCCCCCGUUCACAAAGUACUUAAACGUGUAUAACUUUAAGCAUAGUUUCUGUUGACUUCAGUGGGACUACGCAAGUACCUAAAGUUACAGCCCUGCUUAAAUGCUCUGCUGUACGGACCUGAUCAUGUUAAUGUUAAUGGGAGAAAAUCCAGGCCCUUAUUUAUUUUUAAUUUCUGUUGCUCUGCUUUGAUUUUUUUCUUUUGGUUUGAUUUGGGGUUUUGUUUUGUUUCUUCAAACUCUGACUCUCCCUUUAGCCCUCUUCCCUUCUCUGCUCUUCCAGUCUUUGAUAUCUUCACAAGCACAUUCAUUUCUUCCCAUGGAAAAUGUACAUAUAUAGAAGUAACCAAGGUCACGCUUGAGGAGAUAAAAAGGCUUAGGCCCAGAUUCUGCAACAGAAUCUGCUACUGUGCCCCAAUGGCAUCCCAUUGGUACAGAAGUCAGUGCUAGUGUAUCCCAAAGCAGAGUCAGGGCCUUAAACCUUUAAGAAAGACAGAACACUCAGGAGACCUGGGAGAUCAACUGUCUGCAUUACUUCUAUAUAGUGUAAGCAGUCUCCUCCUUUGUGCUUAGUAUGUGAGGUUUCAACUCCUGCCACUUCUCUGAUACAGUCUUAUACUUUAUAAAUGUUUUCAUUGGACGGUACCUGGACCCACUUGCGAAAAAAAAAAUUAAACUAAAAACGUGUCUGUUCCUUGUGAUCAAGAAAUUGUGAAGCAUUGUAAAUGUAAUCAUAGUGCAUCCAAUAUUUCUGCCAUCCAUAAACUCCCUCCUUUUUUACCUGCUGCAUGCCAGUCCUUCUGGAAUUAAUCUGUAUGUAAAGGACUAAAAAUAAUGUGUACAAUACAGUGUAUUAAAAAAGAAAAGUUUUCUGAUGUUCCAUCUGUGCUUGUUGAAAUGUAUGAUUAAACUUUUCUUUUUAUCAUCA